CUUUGAACAGCGAACAGAGAGUCGAUAUGUCUGCAGAAGAGUAUCAGAACAACACUGUCAUCAACUGGGCUGCGAUACUCUGCGUCGACAGACACGACAUCUUGUGGAUCAUUCAAGUAACGAUGGCAGCCGUCAGCCUUGCAGAAACUCUGCUCGUCACAUAUCUUAGCUAUAAGAAUGACUUACAUCGAGCACUACAGAAGGUGCAGUCAGCGCUCUCGCAUCAGCUGACGUUACUAUGUGCCACUCUCUUCUGUGUCUUCUUCACUAGCAUCUGCGGCAUCGAGCACCUACAGCGCGGCGGCAGGGUGCACCUCGACCUCUUCCAGAGCUUCUAUUACGUCAUCGUCACCUUCUCGACGGUCGGCUACGGCGACUACGUGCCGGACAUCUGGCUUUCGCAGCUGUUCAUGGUCAUCAUGAUCUGUCUGACGCUGCUCGUGCUGCCGGCCCAGCUGGAGCAGCUGGUGUAUACGUUCAUGGAGCGGCAGAAGCAGGGCGGAACCUACAGCCGACACCGCGCGCUGAACGAGAAGCACGUUGUCGUCUGCACGACCUACCUGCAGGGCGACCUCAUCAUGGACUUCCUCAACGAAUUCUACGCUCACCCGAUGCUGCAGGAUUACUUCGUGGUGCUGCUGUCGCCGUGCGAGCUUGACCCGACGAUGCGCAUGAUCCUACAGGUGCCGCUGUGGGCGCAGCGCGUCAUCUACGUGCAGGGGUCAGCGCUCAAGGACUCCGACCUAACCCGCGUCCGGAUGGGCGAAGCGGAGGCCUGCUUCAUCCUAGCCGCCCGCAACUACAGUGACCACACGGUGGCCGACCAGCACACGAUCCUGCGCUCGUGGGCCGUCAAGGACUUCGCGCCGGACUGUCCGCAAUACGUCCAGGUGUUUCGGCCGGAGAACAAGGUGCACGUCAAGUUCGCCGAGCACGUCGUCUGCGAGGACGAGUUCAAGUACGCGAUGCUGGCCAACAACUGCGUGUGUCCGGGCAUCUCUACGCUCGUCACGCUGCUGCUGCACACGUCGCGCGGACAGGGGUAUUUUGUUGACACGAUAUGGGGUAUUGUGUUGACACGAUAUGGGGACCAGCACACGAUCCUGCGCUCGUGGGCCGUCAAGGACUUCGCGCCGGACUGUCCGCAAUACGUCCAGGUGUUUCGGCCGGAGAACAAGGUGCACGUCAAGUUCGCCGAGCACGUCGUCUGCGAGGACGAGUUCAAGUACGCGAUGCUGGCCAACAACUGCGUGUGUCCGGGCAUCUCUACGCUCGUCACGCUGCUGCUGCACACGUCGCGCGGACAGGGCGUCCAGCCAACAACUGCGUGUGUCCGGGCAUCUCUACGCUCGUCACGCUGCUGCUGCACACGUCGCGCGGACAGGAGUCAGGCGUCGAGGCGAGAGUUGGCAGCCGAACUGUACGGCGAGUGCUCGGGUAACGAGAUCUACCACAUACGCAUGAACGACAGCAACUUCUUCGGCGAGUACGAGGGCAAGAGCUUCACCUACGCUUCCUUCCACGCUCACAGAAAAUACGGAGUGGCUGGUGGCCGUGCAGCCGCAGAUACGUCGAAGAUCCUGCUCAACCCGGGUCCGCAGCACAUCAUGAAGAAGACGGACAUCUGCUUCUACAUGAGCAUCACCAAGGAGGAGAAUAGCGCCUUCAUACUCGCAGCACCGCACAAACCGCGGAGCGGGACAACAUGCCGGGGCAUGAGCCAUGGAAGCUGGCAGAGGCGGUGCGAUGAGCGCGCGCCGUGGCGAGCAACCGGCAACUCGAGGCUGUCCGCUACGGCAGCGCCGCACGGUGAAAGCGCCGGAUUGUCCGAUCAGGAGUUAUACAGCACACCCAGGGGACCGCUACGUCCUAGCGUUGUCUACAGCGAGACCAAGUCCAAGAGAUUCGACGUAGAGAUGCAACUGCCGAAGCCAAUGCGACCAAUCAUCUUCAGCGUGCAGAUCCCGAGCCGCGGCCUCAGCAUCGGCAAAGUGCCGCGAUCACGCCUAGUGUACAGAUUACGCGAGUGCGAUCGGAGGCCCAUCUGUUGCUGCAGCCUCAACGUGCCAUGCGAGCAUUUCGGUGCGACGGCGGCGAAUGAUUACACGUGGUGUAACAGAGCGAUCAUUCUCGCUGCCGACUACGCCAGCAACGGCAUCUACAACUUCAUCGUUCCCCUGCGAGCUCACUUCCAGCCCAGGAAGAGCCUCAAGCCGGUUGUGCUCUUAUUGGAAGCUCAACCGGACCCAGCCUUUCUGGAUGCGAUUUCUUGGUUUCCACUUGUUUAUUGGAUGAUUGGCAGCAUUGACAGCCUGGAUGAUCUACUCAAGGCUGGCAUCAACCGAGCAGAUAACGUGGUCGUCGUGAACAGAGAGUGCUCCAAUGCUGUAGGGGAGGAUUACCUAGCCGACUGCAACACCAUCGUCUCUGUGCAGACCAUGUACAAAAUGUUUCCCAGUGCAAACAUCAUCACGGAGUUAUCUCAGGCGUCCAACAUGCGAUUCAUGCAGUUCCGCGCCAAGGAUAACUACGGCUUUCAGCUGUCGAGGCUCGAGAAGAAAGAAAAGGAGCGAGGCUCACACAUCUACUACAUGUUCCGGCGACCGUUUGCUGCUGGGAAUGUAUUCAGUGCCAGUAUGCUAGACACUCUGCUGUAUCAGGCGUUCGUAAAGGACUACUUGAUCACGUUUGUGAGACUAUUGCUGGGUAUUGACCAGGCAUCUCAGUCUGGCUAUCUCACUUCCAUGACAAUAACCAAGGAUGACGAGUGGAUAAAGACUUACGGUCGCCUGUAUCAGAAACUUUGCUCAACUACUUGUGAGAUUCCUAUCGGCAUCUAUAGAACGCAGACUGUGGCCACUCCUUCUGGAUCGGAAGUGUCGCUUAUGAUAGAAGAGGAUAGAUACAGAGGAACGGCCGCUGUUUCGGAGAGAGAAGAAAUCUCAAACCUUGUGCGCUGUCGCAUGCAAGACCUUUUCCACAAAUGCAUUGACGACGAAUACGAUGAAAUGCCAGAUAAGAAGAACUCCUUAUCCUAUGUGGUAAUAAACCCAGGCUACGAUCGAAAACUGGAAGUAGGGGACAUCAUCUAUCUCAUCAAGCCGACGUCGCUGAAGGCCGCCAGCUCGCGGCAGACGUCGGGGCGCGACAAGGCGCGGGCGCGGCCGCGGCCCGCCGACAAAAGCCGACAGCAGCAGCAGCAGCAGCAGCAGCAGCAGCAGGCGUCUGGCAGAGAAGAGGCGGGCGCGAUCCGCCAACCUACUGUGCCACAGGUCGACGACCACGACGGUGGAGCCGCCGCUGAUGAGAAGCAGGCCGCGAACGGCGUUAGCGGAACCGUCGUUUGA